AAUCAGUGCACAUAGCAAUUUUGGCUUCCAUCCUCUCUCUUAUCAUUUACUGGCUCAUCAGAGACAGCCACAGAGUGAGAAACCUCAGCGGGAAGCAUGUUUUCAUAACGGGCUGCGAUACCGGACUUGGAAACUCACUGGCUAAGUGGCUUGACAAAACAGGAUUCUGUGUCAUUGCUGCAUGUGCCACAGAAAAAGGGAGCCAAGAGCUGCGGUCCUGCUGCUCGCUCUCACUGAAGACAGUGGACCUGAACUUAGCUGACUCCAACAGCAUUGCCAGGACUGUUGCGUUUGUGACUGAAGAGACGGCUGGCAAGGGGCUUUUCGGCUUGGUGAGCAAUGCUGAAGGAACAGCACCUGUAGCACCCACUGACUGGCUGAGGAUUGAAGACUUCCACUCAGUGCUGGAUGUCAGUCUGCUGGGAUUGAUCGAAAUCACACUCAAACUUCUGCCGCUUCUGAAAAAAGCUGAGGGAAGAGUAGUCAAUCUAAUUAAUGCCAAAAGCCUCAUGGCUUUUGCAGGGGGUGGCUACAGCCUGUCAAAAUGGGGCAUGGAAGCUUUCUCUGACGCCUUACGGAGAGAGAUGCAGCAUUUUGGAGUGAAAGUAAGUAUUGUUGAGCAUGGUUUCUCUAAGGCAGCAGUAGCCAAUCCAGAUGUCAUCAAGAGACACCUCUUAAGACUUUGGAACAGGCUGAAUCCUGAGAUCAAGCACUCCUAUGGAGAAAAAUACUUGGUUGAAUAUGCAAAAGCUCAAAGAUCAUUAGUGAAGAGACUGUGUGACUCUGAUAUUUCUAAGGUCGUAAAAUGCAUGGAACAUGCCCUGAUAGCAAAGUACCCCAGGACACGAUACGGAGCUGGAUGGGAUGCAAAGUUCUUGAGGCUGUUUCUCUCCUAUGCCCCAAGCUGUUUAUCUGACAUGCUACUGCACAUGACGUUUCCAGCUCCAGCAGCUACUGGGAGAGCAGUUCCUGAAGUUGUCAUUAACAUUUAG